AUGGGCUGUGGUGGUGCGUCCGUCCUGCAGGGGGCGCAGUCUGUGCUGUUGGUGAGUCUGACUCUGACCUGUGUGGGGCUCGUCAUCGUCGUGGUAACAAACAACAAUAAAACAGAUCCAGGGACGACCCCCCCCUCCCCACCACUCUACCUGAUUGGACUCGGACGAGCCGACUGCACCGGACCACCCGCCGAAGUCCCACUGAUGGGCUAUGCUAACGCGGGUCAGACGGCGGCGGGGAUCCACACUCGUCUGUUCAGUCGCGCGUUCAUCGUGGACGACGGUCGCAGCAGAAUCGUCUUUGUGUCUGUGGACAUCGGGAUGGUGUCUCAGAGACUCCGCCUUGAGGUUCUCCGCGCUCUGGAGCAGAAGUUUGGUUCUCUGUAUCACCGUCAGAACGUUCUCCUGAGUGGAACCCACACUCACAGUGGACCUGGAGGAUACUUCCAGUACACACUGUUCAUGAUGAGCACCAAAGGCUACAUCAAGUCUGCAGUACAACCUGUAGUACAGGCCAUAGUCAAGAGCGUAGAACUUGCGCAUGAGAACAUGAGACCAGGACGAAUCUUCAGGAACUCUGGAAAACUGGAGCAGAGCAGCUCGAACCGGAGCCCCCAGUCCUACGAGAACAACCCCCGAGACGAGAGGGACAGGUUCUCUGAGGACACAGACAAACAGGUCACAGUCCUGAAGUUCACCGACGGAGACGGAGACGGAAUCGGGGUCCUCAGCUGGUUUGCGGUGCACGCGGUCAGUAUGAACUACACAAACCGACUGGUGAGCAGCGACAACAUGGGCCUGGCCUCCCUCAUGAUGGAACUGGACAAGAAUCAGGGACUGCCCGGAGAGGGUCGUUUUGUGGCGGGUUUUUCGAGCUCGAAUCUCGGGGAUGUGACUCCCAACACCAGGGGCCCCCACUGCGCCAACACGGGCCUCAAGUGUGACUACGUGAACAGCUCCUGUCCUGUCGGGGGGACUAAGAUGUGCAUGGGGCUGGGACCUGGAGUCGACAUGUUUGAAAGCACCAGGAUCAUCGCCGAGAACAUCUACAAGAAGACCAAGGAGCUGUACAGUACUGCAGUAGAGGAGGUGAGGGGUUCGUUACAUUUCGCUCAUCAGUGGAUCGACAUGAGCAACGUGUCUCUGCCCAUCAACAGCACUCACACGGUGAGGACGUGUAAACCUGCUUUGGGACACAGUUUUGCCGCUGGGACGACGGACGGAGGAGGAGACCUGAACUUCACCCAAGGGAUGGUGGAGGGGGACCCGUUCUGGGACGGGAUCAGAGACGAUCUGGUCGGUCAACCGUCCAACGAGACUCAAGACUGUCACCGACCCAAACCCAUUCUGUUCAGCACAGGAGAGAUGUCGUGGCCGUUGCCGUGGCACCCGACCAUCAUCGACGUGCAGAUGUUUCUCAUCGGGUCUGUGGCUGUUCUCGCUGUUCCAGGAGAAAUGACGACGAUGUCGGGGCGGAGGCUUCGAGCGGCCGUCAAACAGGAGCUUCAGGUGGGUGGAGCGUUCAAGGACCUGGAGGUGGUGAUCGCUGGACUCAGUAACGUCUACACCCACUACAUCACCACCUACGAAGAGUACCAGGUGCAGAGAUACGAAGGUGCCUCCACCAUCUACGGCCCCCACACCCUCACAGCCUACAUCCACCACUUCACCCACCUGUCCAAGGCCAUCAGACAGGACUCAGUCUCAGAUCUGGACCCUGGACCAGAGCCUCCGUUCUUCUCGUCUCUGUUUAGUCUGCUCCCAGCUGCAGCCGCCGACAACAAACCAGCAAACACCAGUUUUGGAGACGUCCUGGACCAGGUCUACCCCCUCUACAGACAGGGCGACGUGGCGUCUGUGACGUUUGUGGCAGGAAAUCCUCGACACUCCGGAGACAUCAGAGACAAAACAUUUGUGACGGUCGAGAAGUUUGACAACAACACUCAGACCUGGACCGUGGUCCACACUGAUGCAUCAUGGGAAACCAGAUUUCAUUGGCUGAAGGGCGCCGAUCGCCAAAGCAACGCCACAGUGGAGUGGUUCAUCCCGCAUGGCGCCCCCUCUGGUGUGUACAGGAUACGACACUUUGGUCAUUACAAAGAAAUCAAAAACUUCAGACCGGUGAUCCUGCCGUACGAGGGCCAGUCCCACCACUUCACUGUGGCACCCAGCUACUACAGCGCCCCCUAGAGGACGGCCUGGGUCACUACAGCGUCGCCUGCACUAGU